CUUAUCAUGACACAUCUUCAGCAGCAGAAGGAAAAGCUUCCUCUGAAGGAGCGUUGUAUUUGUUAACCUUUGUGAGAGGGUGACUCAUUCUCAGCAGUUUGGAAAGGAAACACUACUUCGCCUUGGCAGAGAUAAAUUACCUACCAAUAAAUGUGUUGUCAUAAGUUAUCAGAAGCUAGCUUUGAGGCUGAGCAGCUCGCAGAAAACGGAGCUUAACAAGCUACUAGCUAACAGUAGCUAACUGAGGAGACUGAAAACAUCACGUCGGAGUGUUAAAGUCACCAAAAGCCAGUAACCGGUGAUAAUAACCGUUGACGGGAUGUGACACGAAGGAACAAMACAAGCUAAUCUGCAGGAAUGUUGACGUGAAUUAACAGCUCACAAACAAUGAAUUCAUCCCUCCUUUGGUUUCCUGUGACUCUCCCCUGGAACGGGAGCGUUUUGUGACAAAAGAAAAGGUGGCAGAAACACACUUGGACUAACAGGAGUCAUGAAUCUCCAUCAGGUCCUUACAGGGGCUGUCAACCCUGGGGACAACUGUUUCUCUGUUGGGAACAUCCACAAUGUGCCUUUCACGGCCUAUGCAUCAGGAUGUGAUGUAGUGAUUUUGGGCAGUAACUUUGAACGGCUGCAGAUCAUCCCAGGGGCCAAACAUGGUAACAUCCAGGUGGGCUGUGUGAACUGCUCACCACAAGGUGGACAGAUUGCAGCUUCCUAUGGAAGCAUAGUUUGUGUUUUUGAGCCUGUUCAGCAGACAUAUCAAAAGGACACAUCAUUAUCUAAAUCAAACUAUCAGUGGCAGAAGACUGGUCAGUUUGUUUUACAGUCUAUGGUACGAAACUUGGCCUGGCACCCCACAGGCAGCACUUUGUUAACAGGCUCCAGCAGCCUCCAGUUGUGGUCUAAUGCUGAUGGGAAAGAUGAAGCUGAAGGAAGAGAGCAGCAGACAGAAAAACCCAAACAAAGCAGUCAUCCUACCUGGAGGUGUAUCUGGCAGAGCAAGACUGCAUCUGCAGUUAGUUUUAUGAAGUUUUCUCCUGACGGGGAAUUUUUUGCCACUGCUGGGAAGGAUGACUGCCUGGUGAAGGUCUGGUACAGCACCAACAAGUGGAAGUCAUGCAUCGCCAGACUGUUCAYGCCUCCAGAUGCCAGCGCAAAUUUACAGGGAGAGCUGGCCUUUUCCUUCGUCUACCUGGCCCAUCCUCGCUCAGUCACUGGUUUCUCUUGGAGGAAGACGAGCAAAUACAUGCCACGUUCAGUUUUCAAGAAUCGUGGCAUUCCUCUUUGAAUCGAGAUAUUCCCCAGCCAUCAGUGACCAGCUGCCUGCUUCACCAUCAGAACCAACACCGAAACCACAAGAGGAGCAUCAGCGGACCACCCAAUGCUAAUGCUCUCUGCCACUUCCACAUCGCUGCCAGCAUCAACCCUGCCACAGACAUUCCUUUACUGCCCUCCAUCUCUUCCUUGAAUGCUGUGGAUGAUGAUGAACCUGGGAGUUUAUUUACAGUCCAUUGGCUCAACAACAAAGAGCUUCAGUUCACCUUAGCCAUGGAGGUCUUUUUGGAGCAGCUCAGGGGCAGUUUAGAACAAAGAAACGAUUGCUUCAUUGAAGAGAUUGAAGAUGAAGAAAAYUCUGAUGAAGAAGAUAGCAGGCCAGUUGACGUUCAUGGGUUUGAUGGGCUUCCUGUCGCAGCUGUGGAGCAUCAGGUGGACGUUUUGUUAGAGGAGUGGAAUAAAGCGGCUGACAUGCUGUUCAGUAUACAUCCCAUAGAUGGCUCUUUGUUAGUCUGGCAUGUUGACUGGUUAGAUGAAUUCCAACCAGGCAUGUUCAGGCAAGCCCAGGUGUCGUUUGUGUCCCGUAUCCCUGUAGCAUUCCCCACAGGUGAUGCGAUCUCCCUGAGCCACAGUGUGGUUAUGUACGCUUGCAAUAAGAAUGUGGAUUUAGCCAUCCAACACGACAGACAGCGGCCACCUGGGAGCUCAUUGUCUCGAACCAAAUCUGCUCUGAUUAGCUAUGGAAGUCAAGGAAAAGUUGCACCCAGCAGCAGUCUUCGGCUAAGCAUUUUUACCCCUAAUGUCCUCAUGAUCUCCAAACACGAUGACGGCUCUUUGAAUCAGUGGGCAGUCAGCUUUGCYGAGGACUCCGCUUUCUCCACCGUGCUCAGUGUUUCCCACAAAUCACGCUACUGUGGCCACCGUUUCCACCUCAACGACUUGGCCUGUCACUCCUUGCUUCCUCUCCUCCUCACCACCUCACACCACAACGCCUUGAGGACGCCGGAGGCAGAAAGCAUCCCGGCUCCUCCUGGGGCCUACUCCUGUUCCACGUCUCUGCCUCACGGGUCACGGCCCUCCCGAGUGUCGGUGGGCGGGGUUUCUCAAGAUCCCAAUGCCAUCUAUAGCGAGCUGAUUUUGUGGCGAGUGGACCCUGUCGGCCCACUGUCUUUGUCAGGCGGGGUCUCAGAACUUGCGAGGAUAAAUUCUCUUCAUGCAUCAGCGUUUGCUAAUGUAGCCUGGCUGCCAACGCUUAUUCCGAGCAGCUGUUUAGGUGUGUACUGUAACUCCCCGAGCGCAUGCUUUGUGGCAAGUGAUGGCCAGUCACUCAGGCUCUAUCARGCUGUGAUUGAGGCUAAGAAACUCCUGAGUGAGCUCUCCAAUCCUGAGAUAGCUAAAUAUGUUGGAGAGGUGUUCAACAUCGUCAGUCAGCAGUCCACAGCAAAACCAGGCUGUAUCAUAGAGCUGGAUGCCAUCACUGACUUUCAGGGAAAGGAGACUCAGCUCCUGCAUGUCUUUGAGGAGGAUUUGAUUCUUGGCACUUUGAGAAAUGAAGCCACACAGGAAACCCCUCUCUCUCCUCCAGCUUCCAGUAAACCAGCUUUUUCAGGGCGUUUUUUUCUCGUUGUGGUAGAAUUGACCCCGACUGGUCGCUCACUCCUCCACAUGUGGCAUCUCCAUCUUGCUGCUUGCCCUGUCACGGUUGAGGAAACUACAUCACAAAAGGACAACGACCCAUUUUCUCCCGUGAACAGCUCCCAGUUUAUCUUUGAUGCACCCAAUUCUCCAUUAACUCAGAAGAGUAAACCAUUAACUUCGAACCUGCAGAGCACCUGUCGCCUCAGCCUCACAACACACAAGUUGUGCAGCCAAGAGAUGGCUCUUCCAGCAGGGGUGGAAGCCAUCAGUGUUACUCCCUCAGCAGGUCACUUGAGUGCAUCGUGUUCUCUGCCAGCCGGUCGAGUGCCUUACCUUCUUGCCACUUCCUGUUCUGAUGGAAAGGUGCGCUUCUGGACAUGCGAUGUUGUUUCAGCAGAACCCUCCAGUACUGAUAGCUUUGUGUGUCAGUGGGAGGAGUGGCCUCUCCUGGUGGAGGACAGACUCCCCAGCAGCAGUGCAGUAAGCGUGCCUGGUCGCCCCAUCAAGGUGAGCUGCUGCCAUGCUGGACGGAUCGCUGUAGCCUACAGGGAKGCGCUGAACGCACCUCUUAACUCGACACCUCAUCUCGGCUCUCAUCUGCUGCCACCUUCUCCCAACCUGUCAUCCUCGCCGUAUACAUUAUACAACAACACCCACCUGAUCCCAACCCUGAUUGUACAACCAAGCCCAGGUUUGACUCCUAACUCAGUCAACACAAGAGAACCACCGGUGCACAUCAGCAUCUUCCAGUGUGAGUCGACUGGUGGUUCGCAGUGGAUUCUAGAGCAGACCAUAGUCCUGGAUGCCACAGAUUCCUCUAAUUCUGCUGCUGGAAGUCUUCCAAGUAACUUCCACUUCUCUCCGCCAAAUAAACAGUGUCCAGGUUCUGCUAAUAAGAGUUUGGUUCACUUGGACUGGGUUUCUCAAGARGAUGGAUCACACGUACUGACUGUUAGUAUCGGGACAAAGAUUUAUAUGUACGGUCGACUAUCUGGGAAGCCUCCAGAGCUGGGUCUGUCAUCUGAUUCAAACAGAGACCAGAGUUUGUCUCGCUUGGUUCUGCUUCGAUUAGUCAACCUGGUUUCCUCUGUCGAAGGCUCUUUGCCCAUCCCAAUUUCCCUCUCCUGGGUUCGGGAUGGGAUAUUGGUGGUAGGCAUGGAAUGCGAGAUGCACGUUUACUCCCAGUGGCAGCCCCCGGUYCCCCCCAAACCUAAUGGUACAGUCAUCCAAGACACAGAUAUCAGCAGCAGUGUCUCCUCCAUAUCCUCAGCCGUCAGACAGUAUCAGGAGGAGGGUCAUAAUGCYGCACCUCCCAUGUCUUCACUGACCCUUCCCAAAAAGAGCCUAACAAGAUCAAUGAUGAGCCUGGCUCAGAAGCUCAGUGGGAAGAAAACGGCGUACGACCUUCCUGUGGAGAUGGAAGAUUCUGGGCUCUUUGAAGCAGCUUAUCAACUUUUUCCUACUUUACCUCAAUACCAUCCUGUACAGCUACUGGAGCUGAUGGACCUUGGAAAGGUUCACCGUGCCAAGGCAAUUCUCUCCCACUUGGUGAAAUGCAUUGCUGGGGAAAUUGUGAUACUUAAAGAUAAUGCCACCAAUCCAGAGAGACGUGUGAGAUCUCGAACUAUCAGUGUCGGCGGCAGCACAGCAACGGAUCAGAAGAUAUUCAGCAAAGCAGAGAGCUCCAGCCCCGACUACACAGAGAUAAGCUCCGUCCCUCCCCUGCCUUUGUACGCCCUGCUGGCAGCUGAUGAGGACACACCACAACUUGAAAAAGCUGGCAGCAUGAGUGGAGACAGUGGGCACGGCUCCAGUCAGACUGAUGCUUACGAUGAGCUCUUUCAUACACCCAACACAGUGGAUCUCGACCCUCUGCAUAACGAACAGGAGGAAAAUGGGAACAAGGUGAUAGACUUGUCCCAGUACAGUCCUACUUACUUCGGUCCAGAACAUGCUCAGGUACUUUCAAGCCACCUCCUCCACUCCAGUUUGCCUGGAUUAACUCGUAUGGAGCAGAUGUCUCUCAUGGCGCUGGCAGAUACCAUCGCUACCACGAGCACAGACCUCAAAGACAACCAGGACAAAAGCAAAGGUGGRGAGACUCUCGAUGAGUGUGGAUUGAGGUUCUUGCUGGCUGUCAGACUCCAUACCUUCCUCCUAACCUCCUUGCCUCCUGUACACCGAGCACAGCUGUUUCGGCAAGGUCUAUCAACGUGUCAUUAUGCCUGGGCCUUCCACUCUGAAGCCGAGGAGGAGCUGCUGAACAUGCUGCCUGCUCUGCAGAAAGGAGAGCCCACCUGGACGGAGCUGCGCUCGAUGGGCGUGGGCUGGUGGCUGCGCAGCACCGACAAGCUGCGCAGAUGUAUUGAGAAGGUUGCCAAGGCUUCCUUUCAGCGAAACAAUGAUCCUCUGGAUGCAGCUAUAUUUUACCUUGCACUGAAAAAGAAGGCAGUGGUUUGGGGACUGUACAGGUCUCAGAAGAACGUGAAAAUGACAGAGUUUUUCCACAACAACUUCAACGAGGACAGGUGGAGAAAAGCGGCGCUGAAGAAUGCCUUCUCUCUGUUGGGAAAGCAGCGGUUCCAGCAUUCUGCAGCCUUUUUUCUUCUCGCCGGCUCCCUGAAGGAUGCUGUGGAGGUGUGUUUGGAGAAAAUGCAGGACUUGCAGCUGGCCCUGGUGAUUGCUAGAUUGUACGAGUCCGAGUUUGAGACGGCAUCCACCUACAAAAAGAUCCUCCAGAGGCAUGUGUUGGGACAUGACAACCAGAUUCCAGCUCAUCAGGAUCCAUUCUUGCGGAGCAUCGCUUACUGGGUCUUGGAAGACUACAGCAGAGCACUGGACACUCUAAUCAAGCAACCUGCUGUCUGCAAAAGCUCUGGGUCCUUUGAAAAUAAAUAUAGCACUGGUUCUUCUGCCAUGUCUGCGUGCAACCCUGAGGUCUUCAACUUUUACAUUUACCUCCGUACACAGCCUCUCCUUCUCCGCCGCCAUUUUAGCUCUUUAGACAAGACGAAAGUGGCUUUGACCGCUGAGGGUCGCAGGGCUGACUCCAUCAGUCUGGAUGAGAGACGUCUGUUUUUCACAGCUGCUUAUGCACAUCUGCACGCCGGGUGCCCCAUGCUAGCGCUCGAAGUCCUUUCCAAAAUGCCCAAAGUCCGCAAGCACUCUAAACUCUCCAGUCAGGAGGAUACGGGCAUCGCGCCUGAGCUCAGCAUUGGGAGCAGGAACGGGCAGUCGGACCCCAACUGGUCCCCGCCCGGCCUGAACGGCUACCACUCAGAUGGGAACAGCAACAGCAGAUCAGACUCUGUGUUGAGUUUCGACUGGAGCCAGCCAUCGCUGGCCCUCCCAGAUGAGCCCCUGGAAUUGAAGUGGGAUAGUGACAAAGAUGAGGAGGAUCAAGAGGAUCAAGAUGAGACUAAAAAAGAAAUCAAAGCUGCGGACAACAGUGUGUUUCARGACCGGCACGACUCAGUGUUGACGAUAGCAGAAACGGUGAAAAGUGAAGAGAGUGAAGACAGCAGUGAGUUCAUUGCUCCGUCUGACGACAUCUUCUUGGCCCAGCUCAAGUUCACUGCUUGCUUGAAGAUUAUGACCACUGAGCUGCGGACGCUGUCAACAGGGUAUGAACUGGAYGGAGGGAAGCUGCGUUACCAGCUCUGCCAGUGGCUAGAAAGAGAGGUGGUAGCUCACCAGCGUUGUUGUGGCUAUAAGCCCUGCUUGGAAGAUCAGUCAGUCCAGAGAGAUAACCCUGUUUCUGGACCAGUGGAGGAAGAACAGCCCGGGAGCCCCCGAGGUGACAGCCAGAGGAGCAGGAGACUCUGGCUGCAGAGUAACCAGCCUUUAUUGAGGAUGUUUUUGAGCUACUGUAGCUUGCACGGCUCCCACGGCGGAGGGCUGGCUUCUGUACGCAUGGAGCUCAUAUUGCUGCUACAAGAGUCCCACCAGGAUGACUCCAUCACUUCAUCGGUGGCAGCCAGUUCCCAGCCCACCUCCAUCCCGCUUCUCAUGGCAUGUACAGUCAACGUGAAGACRGUGGUGGCCAACCCCAUCGUCUACCUGACCAACCUGACUCAUGACAUCCUGCAUACCAUCGUUGCACUCGACUCUCCCCCGCAUCACGAUGUUGUUAACAACGAGAUCUAUGUGAUGCACACAUUGGCUGCUUCUUUGUCUGCCUGUAUAUAUCAGUGUCUUUGCGACGGACACAAAUACAGCCACGUGAACCAUUUCACAGGAACUGUGUAUCAGAGCGUUUUGCUGUCUCAGAAGCAGUCGAUUAAAAGUGUCAGCAUGGAAGAAGCAGUUCAGCCUAACACUUCACCUGCUCAGUGGCCAGGUAUUGCCUCUCUUUUCCGCCUGUUGAGCUCAGCAGGCGAGGAAAUGCAGCCGGGUUUGGCUGUGCUGCUCUGUGAGAUCCUGACUGCUGUCUUCCUCAGUCUGUUUGUUCACGGCAUGGCCACUCACUCCAGCAACGAGCUGUUUCGCAUCGUGGCUCACCCACUCAACAGCAAACUCUGGAUGACAGUGUUUGGAGGAGGCGCUCGCAUCGCUAUCAUGGAUAAAACCAGCAGUCCAGCAAGAACACCUCCACCAACAUCACCAGCUGGCUCAGACAGGAGGUCCAAACGGUUCAGGCUUCUUUCAUCACGCAGCGGAUCCAAGGAAGAGUCUGGGAUCGAGCGGGAGGGACCAUCCACUCCUAAACACGGCCCUGUUGUAGAACAGGAAGCUGCCUCCAUCUUCAAAGAGCGAUUUAUUCCUCCAGAGCUCAGCAUUUGGGAUUUUUUUAUAGCUAAGCCUGAAUUGCCGCCAUCAGAAAGCAGCAUCGAUUACGACUCUGAGCAGAGCCAGGACAGCCAAGAUGAAGAAGACGAAGAUGAUGAAGAGGACGCGUUUGACCCCAGCUCUCUGCUGAGAGAGCACUCAAACCACAGUUCAUACAGCUGGUGUUUGAUGCGUCUGGCCAUGGUGCAGCUGGUGUUGGUCAACCUCAAGUCUUUUUACCCAAUGGCAGGAUAUGAUCUGUUAGAUUUGCCCGUGGUGUCGCCUCUGUGYCACUCUGUCCUGAAGACGCUGCAGCGCUGGGAGCAGGUGUUGCAGAAGAGGCUGGAGCUCUUUGGCGGCCCCCCUGCGAAGUACAUCUCAACCUACCUUCAUGAUGAAACCUCCACACCUGGACCCGCCCUGCUCAGACACAAAGCUCUGUUGGAACCGUCCAACACCCCAUUCAGAAGUAACCAGUAUUCGUCACUGCCAGUGAAACGUUUAUGGCAAUAUUUAGUCAAGCAGGAAGAGGUUCAGGAGACUUUCAUCAGAAACAUCUUCAUUAAGAAACCUGGCACAAAUCAGUCGGUCGAGGAGCAGACCGACAGUAUGAAAUAUUCAUGGAUGGAAGAGACAGGAAACGAUCAGACUGAGUCAGAUCUGGGCAGUGCUGGAGGCAAAGCACGCAUCAUCCACAAGGAAUCUGACAUCAUCACAGCCUUUGCCAUCAACAAGGCAAACCGUAACUGUUUAGUCAUGGCCUCCACCCAUGACAUUCAGGAGCUGGAUGUGUCAUCCAUCUUGGCCACACAGAUCCUGACAUGGAUCGAUGACGACGAGACUGAAGCCAAAACUUUUGGUGGAGAUGACUUCCUGGUGGUCCAUGCACGYGAUGAUUUUGCUUCGCUCCACGGCACCACGCCGUACACCCACAGUAGCCCGGGCACACCCAUCAAUGUGCCCUGGCUCGGAGGUCAACAGACGGGCAGGGGGGCAUCGGUGAUGAUCAAGAGAAAUAUCAACAAUGUGCGAAGAAUGACCUCCCAUCCCACGCUUCCGUACUACCUGACAGGAGCUCAAGAUGGCAGCGUGAGGAUGUUCGAGUGGGGUCACUCCCAGCAGAUCAUCUGCUUCAGAAGUCCCGGCAACUCCAGAGUCACCCGGAUCCGAUUCAACCACCAAGGAAACAAGUUUGGGAUUGUUGAUGCUGAUGGAAGUUUGAGCCUCUGGCAGACCAACACGAGUGGGAAUACACCCAAACCAUAUCUGACAUUGCACUGUCACAACAAAACCGCUCACGAUUUCGUCUUUGUGGGCUCUUCCUCCCUCAUUGCUACUGCAGGUCUCUCAACAGAUAACAGGAACGUGUGUCUGUGGGACACUUUAGUCACUCCUGCAAACAGCCUGGUUCACGCAUUUUACUGCCACGAGUCCGGUGCCACCGUGCUCUCCAUGGCCCCGAGGCAGCAGCUUCUUCUCACCGGCGGGAGGAAAGGUUGGAUCACCAUAUUGGAGCUUCCCCUGCGGAACCAGCGGCAGAGCUUUCAGGCCCACGACUCGCCGAUCAAAGCGCUGGCUGUCGAUCCAACCGAGGACUGCUUCAUCAGUGGCUCAGCUGAGGGCAACAUCAAGGUGUGGAGCCUCACCACUCAGUGUCUCCUCUACACCUUCCCAAACGAACACGCCCGCCAGUCGCUGUUCAGGAACCUGGGCACGGGCGUGAUGCAGAUCGAGGUGGGACCGGCCAACCACAUCUUCUCAUGCGGCGCCGACGGGACCAUGAAGCUGAGGCUCCUCCCCAACCGCUUCGCAGCCGUGGACAGCGACAGCAGCAAGAGGGACGUCAAGUUCUUCAUAUAGAUCCAGGGGGAAACAAAAGAAAAAGCUGCUCAGCUGGAAGAAGCGAGGGGAAACUCCCGGUGGUGUUGUGGAAAGUGUCGUCACGAUCGUUGGAAGCAAGGCAGCGGCUUCGUUCUGAUGAGAUGUCCACACGCGUGACGUGAGCUUUACACAACACCUUCAUGGAGAGACAAGAACACUUUAUAGGGUUUACUGACGGUGACUGAGAGACAGCUUGUGAACCUUCAGUGAAAUAAUCCACUGAGAUAUUUUUCUUUUUACCAUGAAGCACAGGAACAUUUUUUAUAAAGCUGUAGCUAAAGUGAGCACAGGGUAAGAACUGCGAGCACGUCCAAGCAAACUGAACAGAGGGAAAAUAUAGAAAUAACAAACCCAGCUGUAGUUUCUCUGCUUCAAACUGCCAAUUCAGUGUCCAGUGAGCAGCACAUGGAGAACUAUUUUCAUUUUUUUUCCCUUUUUUUUUUUUGCUCAGAAAGCAAAACUGCAGGAGUUGGAUGAAGUAAAAAGUUUUUUUUUUUUUUUUUACAGUAUCAUCUUUAUUAUAAUAAAUUAACCAGAGUGGACAAAGUUGUUUUUUUCCUGGAGUCACUGCAGCUUCACAGCACAACUCAGUGAAGCCGGCGGACUUCAUGCAGAGCACGUCACCAAGCAGAGGGACCAUCUGUUUUGUCGCGAUCAACCCUCACUGUAAGAAAAAUCCAGAUUUUAGUUUGGCCUUUAACGCCUCUCUAACUGGACUGAACACAAGAUCAGUUGAAUAAAGCGGGGCAAAUAAACAGAUUCAUAUCAAAGGCAGCAGUUUUGCCAUUUCAGGAACUGGUUUUCUUGCUUUCUGAUGGAGAGAGAAUAAAACACUAACACUCCUACGUGAGGCGAGCACAUCUUGUUUGUGUUCAGAUCUGCUGUUGCCAGCCCGCACCAGCAUGGUUUUGUUUUUUUUCUUUCUCACUUUUGCACAAACAGAAUCAGAGCGAUGACGUGUCGCUCACAAGUUGUAGAGAUGCUACAUAACUGGACCGAGCCAGGUGAACUGAUUCCUCCCUCUGUAAUGAAGAAUAGUGUUGAUUCUCUUUUAUCUGUGCCAGGAAGCAAAUCUUUCCCUAAAUGGAGGUGGUAGAACUUUGUGGCUUGAGUUUCAGUGUGUGCACCUGUUCUUAAUGUAUUUGCACAUCAGCUAAGUUAAGCUAAAGUCCGUGUAGCGUAUUGCAUAUCUAUAAAGGGCCGGGUGGCGGUACAGCAGUCAAAAUCUUUUAGUGAUAAGAAUUAGUUUUAUUCCAUAAGUUUAACCAGAGGUAUUCUUAAUAUGCACAACUCCUUCUGCCAGCCAGGCACCGUGCUUCUUAUUGAUGCGCAAAAAGUAACUUUAAUAUGAGGCUUUUGUAGAUACUGUAGAUUCUGUUAUUGAUGUAUGAAGCAGGAAUUAUUGCAGAUGACAAUGAAAUGGGGUCGAAGUGGAAAUGUGUUUUAAUAGAAGUUCUGUUUUUAUUUCUUUUUUUUUUUUUUUUUUUUUUUUGGCUUGGACCAUUUUUGACAACUGCCUCAGAAACAACAGUUUGUCUUGAAGUUAUUUUCAUUAGCAGGCUUGUUUAUUUUGCUUCCUCAAAUCAGUUGUCAGCCUUUUUUUUAAUUAUAUUGUUUUUGUCUUAUCUAAACGCAGCACGUACUUGGAUAAGCUCAUGGCCGGUGCGUGCUGUGAUGUAUCCUCCACUUGAAUAAGUAACAGGCUCCUGCAUAGUGGAUUAAGCUGAUUUAGAUCACUACCCAUAGAAGCUUUUUGUGCUGCUCUAAGGAAACGUACACAUGGAGAAGGAAAACUUUUCAGUUUAAUCACAGCUAGUUGUAAAUAAAUGUUGGUAAUCAGAAGCCUCUUUCUAAUUAUUCUGUACAAACGGGUAUAUUUAUGACCUAUGUUCAUAUUUAGGAGUUUCAACUGAUCAAACCAGGAGUCCUGUGUACUCCUGCAGGACCUGGAGAGUCAAAUCAGUUCUAUAUAUGCCAAUAGUAUGUACUCCUACAGAAACUGGAGAAUAAAUUAUAAUUUUUUUAAACCAAAUAGUGCUCAUCUCUUUACGCAUAUUGUGUCAAGUUGCACAAGAUCAAACUAAAUCAGCUUGCCUAAAUGAAAGACUUCGCUUUAUUCUUUUUCAAGUCUUUAAAAUGUGAAAUAAAUCAGAAUAAAUUUAUUUUCUAAUGGAAACCAUUGCAAUAUUUACAGGAAAAAUGUACUGAAGUAAUAAAAUAAUAAUGGAAAAUGAA